CCCUUUGUCCUUGUAAAUGACAGGUAAUGAGGUCAGUGUUGGAGCAGAUCCAAAUUCGUUAGAUACUGUCAUCGCCGUGGCAGAGAAAUAUAGGAGAACCGCUGAGCUUAAUCCGAGCCGCCGGGUGUCCACAGUUCGCAAAGCCGACCGCGUAUAACCAAUUAUCGUCCUCGAGGGAGUCCGCGAAAAUGGAGGGUUGAGACUUUGAUUGUAUAUAUAACGUAUUUUUGCGGACCGAGAUGUUAUCAGAGUCGGAACCUUCUUCACUACACCGUUCUUUCUUGUUCUUCGUCUGCCUCUUCUUUGUUUCUACCAUUGCAAGAGCUUAUGGGAAAUCGAAUUCUUUUGCACCACCAUCGUCAUCAUCUUCGCCUCUGCGUUUCGGCAGGAACGGAGAGUUUAAGAUCCUACAAGUUGCCGACAUGCACUACGCCAAUGGGAAGGCCACCCCGUGCGUGGACGUACUUCCCAAUCAGUUCUCCGGUUGUUCCGACCUCAACACCACCGCCUUCAUCGAGCGCAUGAUCCGAGCCGAGAACCCCGAUUUAAUCGUCUUCACUGGGGACAACAUCUACGCUGCCGACGCGACGGAUGCAGCAAAAUCUUUGGAAGCCGCUUUUGCCCCCGCCAUCUCGUCCAAAAUCCCAUGGGCAGCUGUGCUGGGGAACCACGACCAGGAAUCCUCGCUGUCAAGGGAAGGGGUGAUGAAACACAUUGUUGGCAUGAAGGGCACCUUAUCCCGACUCAACCCUCCUGCGCACACCAUCGAUGGUUUUGGGAAUUACAACCUCGAGGUUUUUGGUGUUGAGGGUUCCACCAUGCAGAAUAAGUCCGUCCUCAAUCUCUACUUUCUAGACAGUGGAGACUACUCCACGGUUCACUCAAUCCCUGGCUAUGGGUGGAUCAAACUUUCUCAACAGCUUUGGUUCCAGCGAACUUCUUCUCGGCUCCAGAAAACAUAUAUGAGCAAACCAGAGGCCCAGAAAACACCCGCACCAGGGCUUGCAUUCUUCCACAUUCCAUUGCCAGAAUAUGCAAGUUUUGAUUCAACCAACUUCACAGGUGUGAAACAGGAAGGAAUUAGCUCAGCUUCACUAAACUCAGGAUUUUUUGCAACCAUGGUAGAAUCAGGGGAUGUGAAGGCGGUAUUCACAGGCCAUGAUCAUGUCAAUGAUUUCUGUGGAGAGCUAAUAGGUAUACAACUUUGUUAUGGUGGAGGAUUUGGAUACCAUGCAUAUGGGAAGGCUGGCUGGGCAAGAAGAGCAAGGAUGGUUUUAGCAACUCUGGAAAAAACAGAUGAUGGGGGCUGGGGAGGGGUGAAGUCUAUCAGAACAUUGAAGCGACUUGAUGACCAACACCUUAGCACUAUAGAUGCUCAGAUCCUCUGGAGUAAUAGAUCUCCUGGAGCACCAACUUGGACCGAGCAAAUCUUGUUUGAGAGCCCCAACCGAGAAUUGGGCCUGAAUUGGGAUUUUGGUCUGGAAGGCGUAGAAAAAGAAGUCCCAAUGGCGUUUGAAUGGCAGGCCUAGGCAAAGUAUUAAUAUCAUCGUUAUAGUCAUACGAAUAACUGACAACCUGGUUACGGUGAAAAGGGUUGUAUGAGAUACUACUGAAGUUGGUUCUGUUUGUACCUUGCAUGCCACUAUGUUGGUUGUAGUGUGUGUAAUGAAUGAAUAUUUGUUUAUGCAUUGAAGGUGGUUUACCAGGAAUCAAUUAAAUAUCUAUUUCAGAAGCCAAGGACACAUGAACAUGGUGUGGGAAUUCUAUAUGCACCAUGUGUUACCAUGCUGGAAGAUCGUGCUAGAACUGUGUUUUUUAUGAUACAAAGCAAAAUCUCUUUAGCUGGAUAUAGAAGUCUCAGGACUUUUAGCAUGACAAUAGAAUCUUUCUUUUUUAUUUCUGUAAACAGCCCUUUAUAAUUUCUUCUCUUGAACCAUAUGGUGAUAUGACAUAGAAAUCCAUGAUUUUGCCCA